AUGACAGUUUCGAAGGCGACAAAGCUGUUCACGCCGAUCAAGGUCGGCGCCGUCAACUUGCAACACCGAGUUGUUCUGGCGCCGCUGACACGAAGGCGUGCAGAUGCUGCAACGGCUGUACCAGCUGAUUGGGCGGCUGAGUACUACGCUCAGCGAUCUUCACCUGGCGGGUUGCUUGUCUCUGAAGGGACCUUUAUCGCUGAAGAAGCGGGGGGCCUUCCCAACGUUCCAGGAAUCUACUCCAAGGAGCAGAUAGCAGCCUGGAAAGGUAUCACGGACGCAGUUCAUGCUAAGGGAGGCAUCAUCUACUGUCAAAUCUGGGCUCUCGGACGGGCCGCAAAGCCAAAUGUUGUAUCGACUGUUUGGAGCGCUGGUUCAAAGCCCCUUGUUCCGGAGGGCGCUGCGUCAAGUGACCCGCCUCCCAACUUCAAGGUCCUAAGCGAGUCUGAUAUCGAUCGAUUUGUUGGGCACUAUCGACAGGCUGCCCUCAACGCAGUCGAGGCUGGCUUUGACGGAGUCGAGAUUCAUGGCGCCAACGGAUAUCUCGUUGAUCAGUUUCUUCAGUCAAAUUCCAACGACCGCACAGACUCGUAUGGAGGUAGCCUCGAGAACCGUCUCCGCUUCCCAUUGAGGGUUCUCAAUGCCGUCAGUGACGCCAUCGGCCCCGAACGUGUCGGCAUCCGAAUGUCGCCCUUCUCCCGCUUCCAGGGCAUGCGUGAGGCCGACCCCCUGGCCCUCUUCGUCCCCUGGGCCAAGGCCAUCGUCAAAGCUCAGCCAUCUCUGGCAUUUGUUCACGCUGUGGAGCCACGAGCCGACGGAUCGCAGGAUACACCUGAGCACUUGCGAAGGGCAGAGGACACAUUGGCGCCCAUCCGUGAGGUCCUUAACAGUGCUGGAGUCAAGUUCAUUGUUGCCGGAGGAUUUCUGCCCGAGACAGCCAUUAAGCAUGCGAGCGAAACGGAUGAUCUCGUGGCUUUUGGGAGAUACUUCAUUCCGAACCCCGACCUCCCAGCACGAAUCGAGAAUGGCUGGCCACUGACAAAGUAUGACCGCUCACUCUUUUACACUCAGAAUGAAGUGGGAUACACCGAUUACCCUCCAUACAACGACAAUGAAUCUAGACUUUGA